UCCUGUGGAGCAGGCGGUGCAGCGGCAGUACCACUGUCGGUAUUUACCUGUCAACACACAGAACAACGAAACCAGCCGAGCACCGGGGAUUGUUUUGGUUCAGUUCCCAGCAGCUAAACGCGGGAGACUCCGGUUCCUCCUCACGGUGCAGCCAUGGCUCUGACCCGGGCGGCGUGGAGCGGAGAGCGGGGUUUAAAUUCCUCCUCUCGUCGCGUCUGUUGACUGGAAGUGAACGGAGCAGCGGAGCAGAACCGAGCUGGUGUUUCCCUCAGAUACAGAAGUUGUUCUCCAGUGUCCGGACCGCACCACCCACCCCACACGGGUUACUACGCGUUUGUUCUUUUCUGUUCUUUCCUCCCGGGGUUAGUUUUUCUGAGCUUUUCCCGGAGGUGGCGAACUGAAGGCGGCUCACCGAGUCGGGACGGACCGCUGGAGCUGGUCCUGAAAAUGGAGGCUGUGAUCGAGAAGGAGUGCAGCGCGCUUGGAGGACUCUUCCAGACGGUCAUCGCAGACAUGAAAAGCAGCUAUCCUAUUUGGGAGGACUUUAUCACCAAGGCUGGCAAACUGCAGUCGCAGCUCAGAGCGACAGCAGUUGCUGUGGCUGCCUUCCUGGACGCCUUCCAGAAAGUGGCCGACCUUGCUACCAACUCACGAGGUGGAACCAGAGACAUUGGAUCGGCUUUGACCAGGAUGUGUAUGAGACAUCGCAGCAUAGAGGCCAAACUCAAGCAGUUUUCCAUAGGUUUCCUGGAGUGUCUGAUCAACCCUCUACAAGAACAGAUGGAGGAGUGGAAAAGAGGAGUCAAUACUUUGGACAAGGACCACGCUAAAGAGUAUAAAAGAGCUCGCCAAGAAAUUAAGAAGAAAUCUUCGGACACUCUGAAACUUCAGAAGAAAGCAAAGAAAGCUGAUAAUCUAGGACGAGGAGAUAUCCAGCCCCAGUUGGACAGCGCCAUGCAGGAUGUCAGUGAUAAAUACAUUCUGCUGGAGGAGACGGAGAAACAGGCCCUGAGGAAGGCGCUUAUAGAGGAGAGGCAGAGAUUCUGCUGUUUCGUCGCCAUGCUCCGGCCUGUCGUGGAUGAGGAAAUUUCUAUGUUGGGAGAGGUCACCCAUCUCCAGGCCAUCUCUGAUGACCUCAAAGCCCUGACCUCUGACCCACACAAGCUUCCGCCUGCCAGUGAACAGGUGAUCAUGGAUCUGAAGGGCUCAGACUAUGGUUGGUCGUAUCAAACGCCACCCUCUUCCCCCAGCACCACCAUGUCCAGGAAGUCUAGCAUGUGCAGUAGUCUGAACAGCGUUAACAGUAGUGACUCCAGGGGAUCCAGUGGCUCCCACUCUCAUUCUCCUUCCUCCUCUUCUUCCUCCUCUUCCUCACACCAACUCUUCCACCACCAUCACCCCCGACAUCGAUACCGUAGCUCCACGCUGCCGCAGCAGGCCCCGGCUCGGCUCUCGAGCAUCUCCUCCCACGACUCUGGUUUCAUUUCCUCAUCACAAGACCAAUACAUGUCGUCCAAAUCAUCCUCGCCUAUGCCAGCUGAAACAAAGGCUUGUCCCAGUUCCAGCUGCUCUGAGGUAUCAGAGACUGGGCAGCUUCACAGUGACUGCAGCUCCCCCUCUUCUCUAGCUGCUGCUACUGCACCUCAGCACACUGACAAGUUGUCAAAUGGCUUUGACCACUACAGUCCGGCCAGUUCCCCCUACCUGCAUAGCAACGGGGGGAGUUUGGGCUCUGGGUCGGCCACUGCCUUCCCGUUCUUCCCUCCCUCCUCCUCAUCCUCCACCUCCUCCUCCUGCCCCACUCGCUCAUGGUCCCGUCCCGCCUCAGCCUUGCUGCAAGACUACACUAACUACUGCACGAUGGGCUCGCCCAUGGUGCCGUCAUCCCAAGUCCCAACCUGGAAGGACUGGGCAAAGCCAGGGCCUUAUGACCAGCCCAUGGUCAACACACUAAGGAGGAAGAAAGACAAAGACACCCCGUCUGUAAUAGACAGUAAUGGUAACAUGCACAGUGACAGCCAGUCCUCAGUUCUGGCCUCGACCUCAACACCAGCUCGGGCUGCGCUACAAACACCAAGCUCGUCGGUCUCGAUGGUAGAGAAAAGCAGGACUGUGGCGGCUCCUCUCAAGGCUGGUGAAAUCGAGGUCCACGAGGAACUGGCCCUAGUCUUGUCCAGAGGUCUGGAGCUGGACACCCAGAGGUCCAGCAGAGACUCCAUGCAGUGCUCGAGUGGCUACAGCACGCAGACCAACACACCCUGCUGCUCCGAAGACACCAUACCUUCACAAGUAUCAGAUUAUGACUAUUUCUCAAUGGCUGGAGAUCAGGAGCCUGAGCAGCAGCAGCCUGACUUUGACAAAUCCUCCACCAUCCCCAGAAACAGUGACAUCAGUCAGUCCUAUCGACGCAUGUUCCAGACCAAACGCCCAGCCUCCACAGCCGGUCUGCCCAGCCCACAGGCUCCUUACCCUGCACAAGUGGCCUACCCCGCAGGGUCUUAUCCUCCCACACCUAUCCACACAGGAGCUUAUCCAUCUACCCCUGCAGGGCCUUAUCCCCCCACCCCAACAGGCCCAUGUCCAGGUCAGACGUUUUAUUCCGGAUCCAGCUCCCAUAAUGCCUCCGGCUCCUAUCCUACUAGCCACGGACCAGUUAUCGUCACCCCGGGGGUUGCCACAAUCCGCCGCACCCCCUCCUCAAAACCUUCCGCUCGCCGCUCAGGCUCUCUCGUGGGUACAGGCCCCAUCCCUAUUCGGACACCCGUCGUCCCGGUGAAAAUCCCAACGGUGCCUGAUAUGUCCGGAGCGGUUAACGGGAGCAGGAAUGCUGAGGAGAUGGGAGGAGGAGGAGAAAGCCCAUACUCUCCAACAUUUACAGGAGGUGAGGAUGUCGACACGUUGCCUGUGAUGUCAUGGAGUGGUCAGGCUACGACCAACCCCCCCACCGUCCCGCUUCCCAACCAGCUGACCCAGCAGCACCUUCAUAGUGAGACUGGAGGAGAGGAGGCAGGAGAAGGGGGGAAGGGAAACAUGCUGGUGGCCAUUCGCAAGGGGGUUAAGCUCAAGAGAACCCUCACCAAUGAUCGCUCCGCACCGCGCAUCGCAUGAUGACAUCAUCGCAAUAUUUGGAAACAUGAGGCUCGUAAAACUGAGGCUCCCUUUCAUUAUAUUUGUAAAUGAGUUUAAAGCUUUACAAAAAAGUGUUGCUGCUAGAGAUGCAAUGUACAGAAAAGAUUUCUUUUGCUAGUUUGAGAAGUCACUACUCUACAUUUCUCACUUUAAAUUUCCAUCUGUGAGAAUCUCUCACUACAGAAUGAGAGGAAAACAUAGAUAUGCAAGCUGCAAGUUUCCUAAUAUGGCCUGAAAUGCCACUGAAAAUACGUAAAGCCAGGUUUUUUAAAACAUAGGUUUGGACCUGAAGUGGACCACAGGCCCAUUAAAGGUAGAGCCUUAGUUGAACAGUCUGUCUGUGUGAGACAAAGAGAAAAGACCUAAUUUCUUACAUACAUCACGGAAUAAAUGAUUCUGGCCUCAGCAAUAAGAUGUAUUUGCAAAUCCGAGCCAGUAACUGCGUAAUCCGAGUGUAAAACAUGAGGACGUUUUUGUUGAUAGCAAGAAGCACAGAGCAGUGUCACUUCACAGCAUGUUUUUGAGAAGACAGUAAAGACGUACUCGUGUUCAGUAUCGUCCCUGAAGCAGAGAGUUGGACAAGGAAGAUGUGUCUGCCUCUUCUCAGCGUAAAAAACACUGUCUACACACCUCUUGUUGCGGGAGCACAUUGUACCACAGAGGGAUGAACAAACACUCUAACUGCAUAGUGUUUUGGCAGAAGAAGCACAACACCCACUGAAAGAACAACACAGCGUCAAGAGAGCAAUAUCCAGGUGCACUAGAGGGGUAAUGGCUCCAUUUGGCAACUCCUGGACAGCAGUGGCUGCUCACUUGUUUAGAGAGAGCCCUGAUGGUUUUAGGAAGCUGCUGUGUUGUUAAACCCGUCCUCACCUCACAGUUCAAAUACUAAAAUACGUCCACAGAGCUCCACGGGGCAGAGGUACGAACAAUAGAGACAUCUCCUCAAAAAGCAAAGGACUCUGUCGCACCGACGUCAGUUUCAGGAGACUGCGAUGUGACUAAAGCGCCACACGGGUGAUGAGUCACUUUCUGUUCUUAGUUUCGUUUAGUAUUAACAUGAUUUGUAAAUAAUUAUAUGUCUAUUUCGCUGAGGAGUGUCGCUGCUUCUCACUCUGUUUCUUUGCCACAUUUCCACCUGCUCCUCUGUGCCAACUUCAUUCAGUUUCACAUAAUGUUGCUAUAACGAUCAUCAUACCCCAAAUGCCUCAAGAUGUGAAUUGGUUUUCUUUUUCAUUAUCACCUCCAAUAUGAUUCUCACUGAAUUUGCAGUAUCUGUGUAGCUACUCCUCAGUGGUUUGUGGUUAUAUAUUAGUCCUUAUAUAUUAGCCUCUUCUUGUUUUGUAGCAUUUAUUAGCCAAACUGCCGCCUGUGCAUUGAUCACUUAUAACGUUACUAGUAAGGUACAGACGUGCCAUGUUUAAAGUUAAUGCUGAUUCAAAUCUAAAUAUAUAUAUAAAUAUAUAUAUAAAUAAAUAUAUAAAUAAAGUUGGCAAAAUAUUUUUGAUGUUAUAAACCUUGUUCAAACUCUUUUCUCUUUGAAGCACAUAUAGCUUGCAUGCAUCUUCUAAUUCAUUUUCAUGUGUCAUUUAAUUUUUUUGUAUUGUAUCAAACUUUUUUUCCUUAGAAACUCACAUUAAAAUCCAUUGUGUAAUUUAAGAGCUUCAUCAUAAUAGGUGCAUACAUAUUUUUUUUUUAACAAUUAGAUGUUUUGAGGAGCUGAGGCUUUUCCCUCAGACUUAUUCAGUUUCAAGACUAAAAGCUAAAAGCAUUUAGUGUCACUGACUUCUCGUCUGUGUUUUCAUUUUUCUUUUCGGUUCAAGCACUGUGAGACCAUGGCUACUAUGACAUGUAUGAAAGUGUAAAUAAUAUUUAGCUGCUCAAGUUAGUCCAGGAACUCGCACGUUUUUAUUUAUUUAUUUUCUUUCUCAGUCUUUAAAUCCUCUUUCGUCUCACUAUUUUUAUACUUGUUUAAAAAUCAGAGCUAUAGAGUUGCUCCAUCUAUUCAUGCAUGUGCUCUCUGAUUUUAGCAGCAGUGACAAUUCACUUGAAGUCCCUUAUUUCACACCAACUCAUGCAUAGAGAGUAAUUGAAUAAUGAAAUACUGCAAGAAAGUGUAUUUUCUUCUGAGUUGCAGGCUCUUCCAGAAAAGAAAGGUUCGGGUUCUGCAGUGGAGAGAUUUGAAUCAGUAUUAUGAGUGCAGAUUUCUGGACGAUGCAGGGAUGCAGUUUCUAUUCAAGUCAAGAAAAUAUCUUUUCUUCUGAUCUAUCUGAUCUAUAGAUGUGUCCUGGUUGUUUCCAGUUGGGAGAGCUGAACCGAGCUGAAACUGGACUGACAUCAACCCUGCUGGGAAGUUUGUUGGAAGAGACGCUCUGAGCCACUUUGAGGGUAGUUCCAAUUUAAAAUGUUUGCACCUCAGUUGUGUACAUUUAAUUUCAGUUAAAAUGACAUCGAACACAUCUGUGUGGCAUCUUAUUAGAUUUGAACAAAUGGCACGGUGCCCACAAUGUCUGGCCUAUCUGGCCUCGUAUGAUCUGAGUUUCCUAAAGACAUCUAAGCAAGAAAAUCCACUAUAGUAUUUUCAACAUGUCUCAUGAGUUUAGUGUAUUAUUGUAUAUUUUAGAGAGGCUAAAUAGGAGGGAAGAUGACAAAAGAACAGGGGAUUACUCCACAAAGCACAUCUGACAUUGAACAUGCAUGUGGAAUGGUGACAUCACUGCUUUCACAGCAUUCAGUUCACGAUAUAGUUGAUGAUGUUAAUAUUCUUGUUUUUCUUUGUUUUGUUUUUUCUGGCCGUCCACUUGUCUAAAACUUGUAUUGUCAUCCUGUAAUUUUUCAUAUUUAAAUGCUAGCAUAAAUAUAUAUUAUAUCAGAGCUGCCAAAUGUCACUAUAUCCUAUGAAUAAGAAGUGUAUAGUUUGUGAGGGUUUGAACUUUCAGUUAAACCUGGUUUCUAGUUUAGUUUUCAGCUUAUUCCUCCUCACACCCAACCCCCAACCCCCAUCCCUCACCUCGAGUAGAGUUGACCUCUCUCUCUCUCUCUCUCUCUCUCUCCCUCCCCCCCCUGUACAGUUCAACAGGCUAUGAUGCAGUUUGUUUCAGGAAGUAAAAAGAUUGUUAUUUGUUUUUGUGUAAUGACAGCUUUAGCGUUAUAAUAAAAAAAAUAUAUCA